UACACAGGAUUUUAGCCUAAAAUGAGACGGUUGCAAAAAGUUUUAGAGACGGUUACAGAAAAAUUAAGAGACCAUUGCAGACUUCCAAAUUAGACACAAUGGAAUUAUUGUGAACUUUCUCAAAAUUAACUUUGUAAAAGUCUCUAGAAAAAUGCCUAAAGUUACAGUGUCUCGAUCUCUCAUUUCUCGUAAACCCAAAGACGGAAUCCGUUUUGAUCUUGGCCAAAUUUUUGCUUUUGCAUUAGUCCAAUCUUCCUAGUUAUGACUUCCAAAACUCGUUUCUGUUGAUUAACAAAAUUCGCUUCAGGCUAUAGUCUGUCUAGAAAAGAUUACCGUUUUAUAGGGGGGAAAUCCAGGAUAGAAGCCAGGAUAGAUCUUCCAUUUCUUUAUUACGCGCUUAUUUUCUUACUUUUACAUAAUAUCUCUAUCUUUAUGACAACUAUAACCAGGAAUCAAGCAAUUUGUAUGUCCUAUGGCGAGAAACACACGGCAGAAAACGUUGCUCGUCUUUCCAAGAGACCUGAUGAAGCCCAAAGUCGACAUUGGCUACGUAAAUGACCCUACUGAGCCUUUCUUGAUUUGGAAAAUAAAAAGCAACCAGAAACCUUUAAGAUAUCGUGCAUAUGCCAAUGAAGCUCCAGCAUUUAUAACAUCAAACGAAGUAUCUACUGACCGGACAUUGCUCGGUAAGCGCAAGAAUGAAGAAAAUGCAGUGAUGUUAAAGUUUUUUUUUAAGCAACCCCCGUACAAAUUGCUCAGUUUCUCAACAUGAUAUAUCUUCCCUUUGAUCUUAAUAGUCAAGACAUUCAUGAAUAUCAACAAAUAUCACAAAAAAAAAAUCCUGGCUACUGUGUAGGAAUAUACGACUCUCUUUGACAAGAAGACUAUCCUUUCAUUUAAUAAGUGAUGCUCACACAAGAAACUAGAUUUUUUGAAAGUAGCCUCUAAAAGGAAACAGACAAAUGACGGCGAGAGAUCAACUUUAAGAAGUUUAUUUGUGUCGAAGAA